AUGAAUUUAGUGAAGAAGUGUAAGAGGGUAUGCGGAAGCAGCAAUAGAUUGUAUGAUUCAGAAGACAGUACUCGUAGUUGCAGCUAUGACAAAUUAUCAGAAAAGUUCCAGAAAAAGCAAAAAAAUGAUACUAAGAAACCACCAAAUGGUUGUGUUUGUGUCUAUGUUGGAUCUGAGAGACAGAGAUUUGUAAUCAAGAUCAAAAUAUUCAACCACCCUUUGUUUAAAACACUUUUAGAAGAUGUUGAGAAUGAAUAUGGAUAUAGAAACGAUGGUCCUCUAUGGCUUCCUUGUCAUGUUGACUUGUUCUAUGAAGCACUUGUGGAGAUAGAAAGUGCUUUUGGUUGCAGCUUUCCAACUGUUCACAAAAACAGCCCAGUUUCAAGUUCUUUAUUGUACGUCCUGUCGUUCUAA